AUGGUCGGUUCCGUGCUUCUGCCUAGCCCGAAUUUGAUGGACACUCACUCACGGGGACGACCCACCACCUCUCCUUCUUCCCCUGCCUUGCCCAAUCAAAGCCCGGAUGGCUUCAGAGAGUCUCUUGCCGGCAUCUACGCUGCCGGUCAAGCCCUCGUUCCACCACCUACGGCAUCUGCCGAUCCGAAUGCAACAGCAUCAUCACAUCUCCCACUGCCUCCUCCCCCCACUCCCUACCCGUUCGAAUCGUUGAUUCAUUGGCUCACAAGGGUGCACAAUAUGAUCGUGACUCACACAUCCACCAAUCCUGCCCCGCUCUCUCCUCACACAGUCGACGUUCUCACCACCAUCUCGUCGUAUCUGAGGCAUGUCGCGGAGGAAGCUCGAGCGACGGAGAACAGUCUGAAGUUGUUGGUGAGCGACCUUGAAGACCGAGUAGGGGAGCUCGAGGAUGAGAGUCGGAUGCGGCAGGCGCGAGAGGCUGCCUGGGAGGAGCGGUUGAGGCGGCUCGAGGAGGCCGAUACGAGUGGGGGGGAUCGCAAGAAAAGGAAGAAGAAGAAGGAAGAUUUGGACGUGAGCAAGGAUGAGAGAGCUUACGUGAAAUAUCAUAUGAACACCCUCAUCCAUCGCUUCUUCUCAGAGACCGUCGAAGACAGCGACGGCAAUGUCCUCCGGCUUCACGUCAGCUCCGAGAGCAAGAGGUGGCCCGAAGCCACGGACGACGGUGUUCUGGGAGAUGGUGGGGAGGAGGACGAUCAUGAUGAGAUGGAAGAGGACGAAGGUGAGGGCGCAGUUGAGAGCGGCCAAAGACGGAAGUCAGCGGGCAUAGCAGGAAUGCUAUGA